AUGGAGCCAGGGCUGCAGCAAGCAGGCAGCCGUGGGGCCCCUUCCCCUGACCCAGCCAUGCAGAUGCCACCCGACUUGGUGGCCAGCCCCUGGAGAAGCACGAGGCCCUGGAGAACCACAAGCCACAGCUACUUCUACGUCAGCACCGUCGCGCUGGUGUGCCUCGUUGUGGCAAUGGCGAUCAUCCUGGUCCUGGUAGUUCAGAAGAAAGACUUCACUCCCAGAACAGCUGACAAGGUUCCCCUUAAAGGAGGAAAUUGCUCAGAUGACCUCUUAUGCACCAUGAAAAGAAAUCAUUUCAAGAAGACUUGGGCUUACCUCCAAGCGUCAAAACAUCUCAACAAUACCAAACUGUCGUGGAACCAAGAUGGUGCCAUCCAUGGAGUCGGGUACGAGGACGGGAGCCUGGUAGUCCAGUUCCCAGGCUGGUACUUCAUCGUCUGUCAACUGCAAUUUGUUGUACAGUGCUCCAAUCAUUCUGUGGACCUGACGUUGCAGCUCCUCAUCAAUACCCAAGUCAGGAAGCAGGCACUGGUAACAGUGUGCCAGUCUGGAGUUCAGACAGAGAACAUCUACCAGAAUCUCUCUCAGUUCUUGCUGUCUUACUUACAGGUCAACUCCACCAUAUCAGUGGUGGUGGACAAUUUCCAGUACGUGGAUACAAAAACUUUUCCUCUUCAAAACGUGCUGUCCAUCUUCUUAUAUAGUAGUUCAGACUGAAAUGUGGCUCUUGACCUUUAAGUAGAAAAAAUGUUGUCUACCAUAUAGUACUUCAUCUGUCCAAACAUGCAAAAAGAAAUGUUUGGACAACUGAAGCUAAGUGUAUGAACUAGUGUACUCCUCUUCCGUCCUUUGGAA